UGCCUCGUCUCUGUGCUUCUCCCCGGGUGAGGAAGAGGCAAGAGAGGAGAGCGCAGUCUGACGCCAAGUUCAGUUGGUUUGUGACUCGAGCCUGAACGUCCAGAAGACUCCCAGGGCUCCAGCAUCCUCCCGCUGGCCGCGCAAGGCAGGCACCCCUUUGACAAGCUUGAUUCUCCCCUUUUCUCGCCCCAAGUUUGAGUGCGGCCCCGCAGGUGGUGCAAACGCCCCAGCUCUCCGGCGUCCCCUGUUGGCGAGAGGGAAGGCGGCCGCGGCCGCGAAGUCUCUGGGCACAGCGCAGGGAGAGAGCUCCGGUGCCGAGAAGAAGCCGCGAGCUUCCCUGAUGGUGCCGCCGCCUCCUCCGUGCCGGGGAGGAGCAGCCAAGGGGCAGCUGGGCAAGAGCCUGGGUCCGCUGCUGCUACUCCUGGCGCUGGGACACACGUGGACCUACCGAGAGGAGCCAGAGGACCGCGACAGAGAAGUGUGCUCGGAAAACAAGAUCGCAACGACCAAAUACCCCUGUCUGAAGUCUUCGGGCGAGCUCACCACGUGCUUCAGGAAAAAAUGCUGCAAAGGGUAUAAAUUUGUUCUUGGACAGUGUAUUCCAGAAGACUAUGACAUCUGUGCCCAGGCUCCCUGUGAACAGCAGUGCACGGAUAACUUCGGCCGAGUGCUCUGCACGUGUUACCCGGGAUACAGAUACGACCGCGAGAGACACCAAAAGCGGGAGAAGCCAUAUUGCCUGGAUAUUGACGAAUGUGCCAGCAGCAACACCACUCUGUGUGCGCACAUCUGUAUCAACACCAUGGGCAGCUACCACUGUGAGUGCCGGGAGGGCUACAUCCUUGAGGACGAUGGGAAGACCUGCACCAGGGGAGACAAAUACCCCAACGACACUGGGCACGAGGAGAAGGCCGAGAAUGAGGUGAAAGCUGGGACUUGCUGUGCCACAUGCAAGGAGUUCUCCCAGAUGAAGCAGACAGUGCUGCAGCUGAAACAGAAGAUUGCUCUGCUUCCCAACAACGCUGCGGAACUGGGCAAGUAUGCCAAUGGUGAUAAGGUGCUAGCCUCAAACGCCUACGUUCCAGGACCUCCUGGCCUGCCUGGGGGGCAGGGCCCACCGGGCUCACCAGGACCCAAAGGGAGCCCUGGAUUCCCUGGUGUGCCAGGCCCUCCUGGACAGCCUGGCCCACGGGGCUCAAUGGGACCUAUGGGACCAUCCCCUGACCUGUCUCACAUUAAGCAAGGCCGGAGGGGCCCUGUGGGCCCACCGGGAGCACCAGGAAGACAUGGCUCCAAGGGGGAGAGAGGAGCACCUGGGCCACCAGGAUCUCCGGGACCCCCGGGUUCUUUCGACUUCCUGCUGCUUGUGCUGGCUGACAUCCGAAACGACAUCACUGAGCUGCAGGAGAAGGUGUUUGGACACCGGACUCACUCUUCAGCAGAGGAUGCCCCCCUACCUCAGGAAUUUUCCAGCUACCCGGAGACCCUGGACUUUGGCUCUGGGGAUGACUACCCCAGAAGAACUGAAGCAAGAGACUCCGAGGCCCCCAGAAACUUUUAUCCAUAGCACACCCCGUCUUCAUGUCACCAGGAGAAAAGCAUGGCUUUGCCCAGUCAUAGCGUCUGAAGAAAGUUAUCACUGGAGGCCUAAAGCCCUUGGGCUGUCUUCCUGCCCUCUCUUUUUAUUCUGCUUCCCAAGUGUCCUGCAACAGGACACGAUGGUUCUUGAAGAGCUGCUGGGUGGCUUUCCUUAACAGCCUAGUUUUUCUGGAGCUUCUGAAUUUCUAAAUUCAUUGUUCCCACAGAAACUUAAAUUUGGACAGAGUUCCAAAAGGGAGAAAAUGGCAAAGUGGGCUCUUGGAGGUGUAAUAAGCUCCAUUCUAAAAAGCAAGUUAUGUUCAAAAUACUUGACUAUUCACCCUCUGCUGUCGGGAGUAUGGCUCUUCAGUUAAGGAGGGGAGGAUAAAGAAGGAGCACAAUGUAGAUUGAUGUUGGAAAAAAAAAAAGACUUCCUUAGCAACAUCACAGAUUUCAAAUUCUGAAUCCUAUUUGUAUAUGUAAAAGGAUAGAAAAGAAGGACAAAAUGUGCCGCUGGCCAGAGGUGCCAUCAGGUCCUGAUUCUGGCUAAAUCGGAGGGAAGUUGCUGGCCUGGAAUCUUGGCAGAGGGUGACAGGGAGGCGUUGGGAAGGGCUUCACUAAAGCUAGAUCACUAAAGGCAGAUUAGUCUGCUCUUAAGAUAUCUGGAGUCCUCAUCCAUCCAGAGUCAGCUAAGUGGUGCCCUGGGAAUGAUGCACAGCUGAGAGGUCCCUUAGAUAGAGGAGGGUAAGGAAUUCUUUCUAAUCUGGCAUAAUUUCCCACCAUUUUCUCCUGAUUUAGAUCUCCUGUUCUAGAUCUCCUUGACUCUCUCCUGGACCAGGCGGAGAUGGCUCAGGGAGAAGCACAUUCCCCAUGUCUCCCUGAGUCCUUUCUAGAGCACUUCUAGAUCCCCAGGGAAACGUGUUCCCAGAAAGGAGCAAGAGGCCAGGUUCCUUUAUGUCUUUGGGUUCUCUUGAGCUUCCCAAGGGAUCUUGUUCACAUGGUCACGUCUGUUUGCUAUCCUUCAGGGCCCCCUUUAUUUCUAAGAAGUUUCCCUUUAGCUUUUCCCCAUAGCCUUUGAGCCCCCAUCUUUUCUCCUGGUGGGGAUGGGGUUUGCAUGACUCUGCACUAUCCAUUCUUCUUCCUGAGCAGGGAGAAGGGGAUCUGUCUACAGAGCCCAGGUGGCCCAAUGGGCUUCCGCUUCCCCUCCCAUCCCUCUCAUGGCUCCCUUCUCCCUUUCCUCCUUCCUUCAGUCCCUUUACUUCUCUUGCUUUCUUCCCUCCCUCCAUCCCUGCUCGCCUGCUGACCCCCUUCUAUCAGAAAGGCAGAGUUCCCACCCACUCCUGCCAAAUCCCCAGUGGCUGUCCACCAUCAGGUCAUGGUUAAGGCAAACACACACUUGCAUGGCUUGCUUGCUGUCUCUUCCUCCUCCCCCCCUUGGUCUCUCCAGAACCUGAGCCCCACCCCAGAUGGCCUUGUCAACCGUGGGUUCCUGGGGAGAUAGAUGCAACCACAGUCAAGUCCCACCUGGACUCUAUUUAAUGCUUGCCUGCUUAUAGAACCCAGAGUUUAAAGGGUGUGGAUGGAUGAAGUCUCAAAACUAUGCAAGGCUCUAUGAGCAAUGAUUAUGCCCAUCCUUUUUAUGAGGAAUUUUAUAACCUCUGUUUUUUCUAGACAGUGAAAUGUGUGUAGAAACAUAAUCUUUAUUGCUGAAUGCUGGUAAAAUAAAAGCACACUCCACGCUGGGCCAGAGGCCAGGAUAAUGUACUGAAAGAAUGAAGUGCAAGUCAUAAUAGCUGGGAUUCAUGAGUCUCUCCUAGAUAAUUCUCUCCAGUAAAACAUACAAGAGCCUGUAUUUGGUAACCUCAAUCUGCUGGACCAUGUCAGUUUAGGUAAUCAUUACUCCUCAGAUUUUCAGAUCUUGGACUACUAACCAUAAGACCAAAGUAUGUCCUCUACUUGUCAAGGUCAUUGGGGAUUUUAGGGAAAAGCAUUAUUGUUCAUGUAGCUUUUGGACAGAAAAAAAUUAAAGCUUUACUAUCUAAACAAACUCUGCUCAAAAUCCCAUGGCAAGGCCUUUGGGAGGAAGGACAGUACAAAACAGAUUUACUGAAUCACUUCAUAUCUCAUGACAAAAAAAAAGUUUUGUUUUGUUUUUCAAUACCUCCAUCAACCCUUUAGUAGAAUUGUUCAAUUUUUCUAAUAUCCCCACAAGUAAGACUUAGCAAUAAAUUGCCUGUGUUAUAAAGAAUUGAGAAUAAAAACUCACUGAAGAAAUAUAAGGAAGACAUGCAUUUUAGCUCAGAAAAACUAUUCUCCCUUCCCAGUUCCAGAGGGAAAAUUACCUUUCCUGUGCCGAAAAAAAAAAAAGUAUUUGGAGCCAGAUGCUGUGGUAUACACUUGUAACCCUGGCACCUGAGAAGUGGUAAUGGGCAGGUCAGGAGUUCAAAAUCAUCCUCAGCUACAUAACAAGUUUGAGGUCAGUCUGGGCUACACAAGAGCCUAUCUCAAAAUAUUAUUAUUAUUAAUAAUAAUAAUAAUAAUAAUGAUAAUAUAAUAAUGAGUAGGGUACUGGAGAAAUGAUUUAGCAGUUAACGAUGCUUGCUGCUCUUCCAGAGGGCCAGAGGUCAAUUUCCAGCUCCUGCAUCAGGCAGCUCACAAACUCCUAUAACCCCAGUUCCAGGUGACCUACUACUGCCCUCUCCUGGCCUCUGUGGCAUCUGCACUCACAUGCACAUAUAUACACAUAGAUACACACAGAGAUAACGUAAAAGUCUUUUUUUAAAGGAGUGGGUAACAAAGGGGAUGUUGGCUUUUCUUGUUUUCUAUGUUACUCUCCAAUACUUGCUACAGAAUUAACUAAAGUCAUAUUUCUGUGUAGAAUCCAUCAUCUAAGAGGUAAAUAAUAAGUGUUUAUUGACCUUCGAGGGAAAGGAGUAUAACCUCACCCAAAGACCAGGUGUAUUACACCCAGCUAGGUCCAGAUAAGUAAUGUCCUCUUUCCAAGGUUCUGAACAGCCUUGGCCUUGGGACAGAUCUUCAAGAUCAGCCGUCAUAUUACAUCUUGGGGGUCUCAGGAAGCAACUCCCUAUCUUAUUUUGAGCAUCAUUCCCUUCCUUUUCCCUUAUCCUGGCUGCCUCACAGAGUCAGCCUUGGCCACCACCUCCCACAAGCUGCAAAGUGAUCUGCCAGGCAGCUUUUCUGAAGGGUAAAGUUAUUUGCUGGAAUCUGAGCCAAACAAUUAGUAGAAUAGAGCUGCCUAAAGUUAUAGGUCAUGUAUUCAUGGAAACAGAUGCAUUGUUUCCCAACACAGUAAUCACAUGUGUUCACAGCAUUUCACAGAUAAUUUUCUAUUGUGCUAAGAAAACAAGGGCUGCAAAUGUUAAAGAUGAAAUGACAUGCUUUAUAUACUUCUGCAAAUGUUAUGGUCAGAGAGAAACCAUGGAAAGGGCAAUUGGGCUACACACCCCUCAGGAAGCUCAGCAUGUUUUGUCAGAUUCCCAGAGGUUGGUCCCUGAGGGGUUCAUGAGUCCAUUUUUACUUCCCAGUGACUGGUCAUAUACUUCAGUAUCUUUGUCCAUUAUUUAUAUCAGAUAUAUAUCAGUCAAAUUGAUAUUCCAAUACUCAUGGAUGUAAUACUAUGAAGUGCUUUGUACGACUGUAUAUGCUUAAUAACAAAG